CAUGUCAUCAUUCGACAAGCACUCAGGGAAAACUCAGGAAGAAGCUAAACUCUCCUUUCUCAAAAUCAUUUACAAGUGGGCCACAUUCGGUUCUGCCUUCUUUGAAGUAAAGCAAACAACUGAUCCAAACUUUCCAGAAACCCUCCUGAUUGCAGUCAACAAACAUGGAGUCAGCUUGAUUGAUCCCAAGUCCAAGGACAUCCUCACCACUCACCCCUUCACUAAAAUCUCCAACUGGAGCAGCGGAAACACAUACUUCCACAUCACCAUUGGAAACCUGGUCCGAGGCAGCAAACUCCUGUGUGAGACUUUGCUG